AUGGCAGGUUAUGGUGGAGUGGUGCUAGUAAUGGUGGUGGCUACAGUGAUGAUGUUGACCAGAGUUUGUGCUGAUCCAGAUUCGCUUCAAGAUAUUUGUGUUGCUGAUCUGUCUUCUGGUGUAAAAGUGAAUGGAUUUGCUUGCAAGUCUAAAGUGACAGCCGAGGACUUCUUUUUUGCUGGCCUAGCCGAGCCUGGCGCCACCAACACCACCACGGGAUCAGUUGUAACUGUCGCUAAUGUCCAGAAAAUCCCGGGCCUAAACACUCUAGGAGUGUCCCUCUCGCGCAUUGAUUAUGCACCGGGUGGCCUAAACCCGCCCCACACCCACCCACGCGCCACCGAGAUAGUGUUCGUGCUCAAAGGUGGACUGGAUGUGGGCUUCAUAACCACAGGCAAUGUCCUAAUUUCCAAGUCUAUCAAGAAAGGUGAAAUUUUCACAUUCCCUAAAGGCUUAGUCCAUUUCCAGAAGAACAAUGGCAAAGUUCCGGCUGCCGUGAUUGCUGCAUUCAAUAGCCAACUGCCCGGAGCUCAGUUGAUCGCCGCCACAUUGUUUGCCGCAUCACCACCGGUGCCGGACAAUGUUUUGACAAAGGCAUUCCAAGUUGGUACCAAGGAAGUUGAGAAAAUAAAGUCCCGGUUUGCACACAAAAAGAAGACUCUUGGCACAUAG